AUGGUUGACAACUUGGUCCCCGAAAAACUUGUUCCAUUUUUAAAAAAAAAUAAAGUUAUUGACCAAGACGAUGUGGAGAAGAUCGAAAAGAAAUGCAAAGAUUUAAGACGAGACGGUGUUGUUACCAUGCUUUUUUUUCUUUAUAAAUCGGGACGCCGGGCUUUUAAAAAAUUAAUAGUAGCUCUGAAAAAAGCUGGUGAUGAACAAAUGGAGCUGAAAUUAACAAAAGACUUAGAAAAGAAAAUAGCAGAUCUUCAUUUAACAAAAACCAAAAAACAGAGAGAACUUUUGUGUGAAGUUGAGUUUGAAGUUUUGAGAGACAACCAUGAGAGUUUGGUGAACGAGCUCGACUAUAGUGUUCUGAAAAACUAUCUCUUUAAAAAAGAACUUGAACAUUACAUGAAAGCGAUGAGCACGAAAGAUGAAAAACUUCGUAAGGAAGGGGCGGAAGAAAUGGUCACAAUAAUCUUAAAAUCUGGUCCUAAUGCUUUUCCUGAACUGUUGGAAUCCUUAAAUCAGGCAGGUUACGUCGAAUUGAGCUUAAAACUGGAUUCCGAUUUAAAACAGAAAAAGAAGGAAGGAGGUAAUACUGGACUGGAAAUCGAUCUGAAUUCCGUGGCAUUUCCUGAUUACCCCAACAUUCCCAAGCUGAAGAUAGAGUCCGAUUUGUUUUGUGAGGAAACUGCUGUAUUAAAUUGGGGACGAGAACUUAUAAAAUGGAUGAAAGACGAUUCGGGAAUAUCGUGGUGUUUUGCUAUGAGCGAAUGGUUUCAAAACCAUGAAUUUAAAUCUGAAAAGGAAUUGAAAACGGUGCUACACUAUUGGUUAUUGGAAUUUGAGGACGUUGUUAACAGAGGUUGUUUCCAAAUUAACAAAAUCAAAUUGAUUCUGGAUGUGACAGAAGCCUUCUUUAUGCCUGAUAGCAACAGUUCUAUUUUUCAUAAUAAAUUAAUUUUUACAGACAUCAUUAAAGAUUUUGCUCCAGAUUUUUUAACAUCAGAAGAUAAAAAAGAGUUUUUUCAAACCAAAAAAGCAGAGAAAGAAAGAUUGCUUGAACAACAACAACUACUUUCCGAAAAAUUGAAAUACAAUUUAGAGGGAAUUGUUGAAGGGAAUCAGAACUUUGAAUUGUUACCUAUUGAUAUUGACAGGUGCGAGCUAGCUAAAUAUUUCCACUCUGUUGUUAAUGACGUAAGAAAAAUAUGGGAAAAAUUUCUUGUGUAA